AUGCGCUACCUGCGGGAGCACGUGCAGCCAGAGGUGGCCGCCGGCGCGGCGUUGACCGGAAGCUCUGCGGGCGCCCUCGCGUGCAUCCUUGCGGCCUGCGACGUCGACCCCGCCGCCGCCCUCAGCCGCGCCGCGGGGCUCUGCCACGAGCGCGCCGUCCUCUCGCGCCCCUGGGGGCUCGCCGGCGUGUGGGGCGGCCUCGUCGCUGACUGGCUGCGCGAGCUGCUGCCCGAAGACGCCGCGGAGCGCUGCCGCGCGGCCAGCGUGGGGGUGGCGGUGACGCGGCUGCCGCUUAUGGAGACGGUGGUGAUCCGCGACUUCAAGGACAAGGAUGACGUCAUUGAUGUCGCCAUGGCGUCUGUCCACAUCCCCUUUUUCAUGGACGGCCGCCCCUGGGCCGCGUGCCGCGGCACGCACCUCUGCAUCGACGGCAGCUUCCUGUACAUCCUGCUCGGCCGCACCAAGGGGCUGCUUCCAGAGCAGCCCCUUGCGCCCGCCGCCGCCGCUGCAUACGCCGCAGCCGUCGCUGCGGGUCGCGGUGCUGUGCCCGCGGCGCAGGCGGGCCCGGCUGUCAUCCUGUUUGACCCCUGGCGGGACGAGGAGCUGAGGCGGCGAUGGAGCCUGAGCCAGUGCCUGGGACUGUUGGGGCCGGCGGGUGCCGAGAAGCUGCUCGAGGCUGGCCACGACUACGCGCGGCGGCUCGACGCGGCCGGGGGGCUGGCCGCGCUGCGCGCGGUCUGCGGCGCCGCCGCCGUGCCCGCUGCAGCCGCGGCGGCGGCGCGCGCCGGGAGCCAGGCCGGCGGCGGCUACAUGGGCGAGCGCGAGGGCGAGGGCGGCGGCGAGGGCGGGGUGGGAUCGCUGGCGCCCAGCCUGGCCAGCGCGGGUUCUACUCCUUGCGAUCUCAUUUGCGACGUGGCGCCUGGCGCUGAGCCCGCUGACCCCGCCUGGGGGACCUCCAAGGAGCCGCGGUCCGCCACCCACAACACUGUGGCCGCAACCGCAGUCGUGGCUGCGGCUGGUGGCGGCGUCUGA